ACCGCUCCAUUUUUUUUCUCGAAAUGAUUUGAUCUUAUUGCUUUCAAAAUUAUUCUGUUUGCUGUAUGUAGAUUUAGGUUUCGAUGUAACUAUAUAGGGUCUCUGUGAUUUUUUUUCUUUGAAUAGAUGUUUGGUGUCGAUUUCUGAAGGAUUUUUUAAUUUGUUCUGCUCUAAACGGAUUGUUCUUCGUAGAUGUACGAAUUGUUCGUGUUAUAUAAUGAGCAAACCGCAAGAGCCGCACCGGCCUUUCUUUCAUUUUGGGAAUCCUUUCCGUGCAAUAUCGCCAAAGGGUUCAAAAUUGUCUUCUAGACUUGUUUUUCUUUUAGCCACUUUUGAGGAUUCCUUGGCACAGAAGCUGAGAAAGCUUACUCCUAAAUCGGAUCAUGACGUAUUUAGCUUCUUAUGGAUGGGAUUAGCAAUGAAGCUGCUGUGUGAAAUUCACAAUGAUGUAAAAACUCUUAUAGGAGAUCUUGAGCUCCCUGUAUCUGACUGGGGUGAGAAAUGGCUAGAUGAGUACCUGGACAUCAGUGUGAAAUUACUUGAUAUAUGCAAUGAUUUUAGCUCUGAUCUCUCACAGUUGAAUCAGGGUCAUCUGAUACUUCGGUGUGCCCUGCACAAUCUGGCUUCUACAUCUUCCAACCAGUUUGUUCCGGCCCGUUCUUCGUUAGAUGCAUGGAAUCAACAUAUUAGUUCCAGAACCUCCAGAGUUGAGAACCGUUCUCCUAUUAUGGACCAUUUUGAGGAAUUACUUGAUCUUCCGAAGGUCAAGAACUCACCCAAAGGCAAGGUUUUGAUGCAAGUGAUGUACGGAGUGAAGGUGGCAACUUUGUUUAUUUGCAGUGUUUUUGCUUAUGCCUUCUCCGGUUCUUCCAAAAGGCUGUUAUCCAUCAAUGUUCCGGAUACAUACAGAUGGGCACAAGCGUUUAUUGAAUUACAGAAAAAUGUAAAUAUGGGAAUUAAAAUAAAUCAUUCCAGUGGAAGGUUUACUGCGUUGAGAGAUCUUAAUGCAGUUGAUGAGCGUGUAAAAAAACUGCACUCUAUGAUUCAAGAAAAUAUUGAUGGUGGCAUGAAAGUGGAAGAAUGUCAAAAUUUGAUUGUAGAUUUGAGGAGCGAGGCAGAAAAGCUUACACAAGUGACAGAAGGAAAAGAUCAGAAGCAUGAGUUUUCAUGCAGUGUGUCGCGGUCUAGGACCGCCAACCUUGCCGGUGAACAUUUGCGAGUUAGCUGCACAAAUUGGCAGUGGGUUUGUGAAUUUUACUUGAUGGUUGGAUCCUUCUCACAUCUUGAACAUUUUCCUUAUCUUAUCUCAUCGUUUUCCUAGUUUUUUUCUGGCAUAUAACUUCAUUUACUCGCUAGUUGCUUUUAAAGAGAAAUCAAGAUGACAUUCUAUGGGUGAGUCCAACCUAUAUUAAUCAGAACUGUGCUGGAAAGGUAGAAUACAGGUCUUUCAGAACAUUUUUAGAUA